AUGCCGCUGUGCAUCACCUUCAUCGUCUCGGAGAAGGCCUUUGACUCAGUUGAGUCAUUAAGCCUUGGACAGCUAGGCGGUCCCUAUACAGUACAUAGAGCCGAAUCUGAAAAGACGAUGUUCAUGCGAAACGGAUGGAUCUCGGAUGCUCCAUUUACGCUCAACGGAAUAUCCGAUUGUACUUGCUACGGAAAUGAGCAUGAUGCACGACCUGACCCCCAAGCUGGGCAGAAAGAGACGAGCGGCAUGGGGAGCGCACAAGAGCAUCGAGGAUGUAGUGGAGAAGAUCAGGAACACCCAGCUGCGUGCUCACUUCUUUAA